UUUUGACGCCUGUAAAAAAACCCUUGCCUAAUGCUGACGUCAUCCUUACCAGUCCGCCUUCUUCAGGCAGUCCACUUUAGCGCCCACCCGCAGCAGAUGUUGCUGGAAACUGGCCUAAUUUAUGGCUCUUCUCAGAAAAAUUAAUCGUGUCCUGCUGGUGCUGCUGGUGCUGAUGCUGUGUCUCCUUUUGCGAAGCACGCUGCUCAGAGCCUCGAGUCGGCUCUCAAUCACACAGAAGGCUUCUGAGAGAACACAAGCUCAAGCUUCAGCAGUGAGAAGCCCAGGCACUGACAACGUGGUGCCUGUCAUCAUCUGCGCAUCAGAGGAGCGUGUGGGUGCAACCAUGGCAACCAUCAACAGCAUCUUCAGCAACACCGACGCCAGUGUUUUCUUUUACAUCGUCACACUUCGCGACACUGUCAGACUGAUAAGGCAGUACAUUGAGAAGACCACGCUUAGACACAUCAGGUACAAGAUACUGGAGUUUAACCCCAUGGUUUUACGAGGAAAAGUGAGGCCAGAUACAUCACGCCCUGAUCUGUUACAUCCACUCAACUUUGUGCGGUUUUACUUGCCUCAGCUCGACAUCAGUCAUAAGAAGGUCAUAUACUUAGACGAUGACGUCAUUGUGCAGGGAGACAUCAAACAUCUGUUUCAGACCAAAGUGAAGCAAGGACAUGCUGCUGCUUUCGCCACCGACUGUGACCUCCCUUCCACACAUGAGAUGGUGCACAGCAUCGGCAUGCAGACAACCUAUAUGGGCUUCCUGGACUACAGGAAACAGGAAGUUAAAGACCUGGGCAUUGACCCCAGAGACUGCUCCUUCAAUCCUGGAGUCUUUGUGGCAGAUAUUAGUCAGUGGAAGAAACAAAAGAUCACCAAGCAGCUAGAGAAAUGGAUGGAGGAGAAUUUCAAGCAGAACAUAUACAGCAGUGCCAUGGCAGGAGGCGUAGCAACUCCACCCAUGCUCAUAGUCUUUCAUGACAAAUACACAACACUGGACCCACUGUGGCACGUCAGACACCUGGGAUGGAGUCCAGAUGCUCACUAUUCGGAGAGCUUCCUCCAGGAGGCGCAUCUGUUGCACUGGAACGGCCCGUUCAAGCCGUGGAACUACCCGGCUGUUCACUCAGACCUGUGGGAGAGGUGGUUUAUCCCAGACCCCUCUGGGAAAUUUUCCUUGGUGCGGCCUGAUAGCGACGGCUGAGGCGCACAGUCAAUAAGGCGCCUGAGUUUUUUGAGUUUUUUUUAUUUUGUAAAGAAACAGUGAAAAGUUCUGACUUUUAGGUUUGCUUUGUACUAAACACUGUAGCUAACUGCCCUUACACCAUCCCUUUUUAAGUCAUUCAAGCACUUUCUACAUGAAUAUACUGUAUCUAAUGAAAAGCAAGUAAAAGAACGUUGCUGUCAAGUUGGUUAGGUUAAAAGAGUUUGCAUUCUGUUAGAUUGAAUAGUCCAACAUGAAAUAAUAGGGUAAUUGUGAUAUUUUGUUGAGUGAAUAAGAGAAGAAAAUAAUUUCUAAUGAAGUACAGAUACGAGCUUAGGUCCAAUGACAUAUGUAAGUAUCCCUUAUGGCCGCUAGGGGGCAUAAUGGCUCUAAUAUUGCUCUCUAAAAAAAAAAAACUCAUCUUGGUCUAAUGCAGUCGCAUCCUUAUGUAACUGCUGCUGUGCCCUUUAAAGGCCCAGUUUGACCUUGUGCGUCUUUAAGCCCCUCCCUCUUGUCCCCCUGACUCUUUUCUCAUUGGCCGAUUGUGAUCUCUGCUUUAGGUUCUUUAGCAAAAACAUAGCUGUAGAUCCUGCUACAUUCCGUCAUCCACCAAACAGCCGGAUCCCUUGGAUACAUUCAUCACAGUUAUGCAAGGAAAAAAACUCAGCACGAUGAAUAAUAAAUCCUAAUAUUGGUUGGAGCAUAAUGACAAAUAGUCUUCAGUCACCAGUGCAAGUUUCUGCCUCAACACAUCUUCUAAUAAUCUCGCAUCUGGAAGACAAAUGUGUGGGUUGAUAAUGUGAUGCAACAGAUGGAGUUAAACUAUCAAAUAAGCACCAACCAAGAAAGAAAUGAGAGUCAAAAAUACAUUUGCUCAAACGAAUCGAGUGCGUUUCGAGUAUUCAGAUCUUUUAUUUUAAAAAAAGUUUUGUUUUGACAGUGAACUUGGUAUUGGUUUUUUAAUUUUUUGAUAGCGUAUCAGUUUAAUGUUCCUUUAUUUUCAUUUGCAUUAUAGAUUUUCAUGGAUUUUUUAUGUUUUCAUGUUUAAUUUUUUCCUGUCAAAUCCGACUCCAGACUUUCCUGUUGCUGUGUUUACCAUGAGGCGUAGUGGUACUGAAGUUCUGCGUCAUGAGCCUCAAGGAACGUAGGGUCAGGAGCACAUGUGUAUUUUCUUCCACGCAUGUGUGUGUUUGUGUUUGUGUGUGUGUGUGUAUGUGCGCUACAGUUUAAAGAAUGACUCCCCUUCACCCCCUUUGCAACCUGUUAGAGGAUAUUUGCACAUUGAGGAUUUGCACUGAGCGCAUCAGAGGAGGAGACGUGCACCGUUUUGCGUCAUCACAACGUCAGAGUUCCAGUUCAGCUUGUUGUGUUGUUGUUGGGAGUUUGUGCCUCUGCCCCCUUAGACAUUCCUUACUCCCUAACCUGUCUUAUCUGCCCACCUGUGCUACAGUGUAUGCACAGCCACCAACUCCUCAUCACCAGAUACCUCAGCGUUCCUCGUUUUAUCUUAUUUCCCUACUUACCUUUCAUGCGUGUUGUUAUUGGACUUUCAGCUUGUGACUGGACUUUGCCUUCUCCCUGCCACAUGGGCAGUCACUCAACUGUUUGGUAACUGGCGAUCACUGCCAGCCCCCUGACCUUGCCUAGUGUUUUCCCUACCUGGGUUUCAUCACCUUGGCCUUGACUAAGCCUGUUAAUCUAUGCUCAGUUUGCAAAGUGAGACAUGCAGCACCUGGAUCUGCCUGGCACAUCUGUCAGAAUCGUGUUUGUGGACUUCAGCUCAGCCUUCAAUACAAUCACCCCUGGAAUACUCCCCCAUAAACUGACCCCGCUCACCGUCCCUGAUCCCACAUGCCAUUGGAUCAGGAGCUUUCUGACCGACAGGAGGCAGCAGGUGAGGCUGGGCAGCAUCACAUCUGGCACCAUCAGCACCGGCGCACCACAGGGGUGCGUCCUCUCCCCACUGCUCUUCUCCCUCUGUACCAACGACUGCACCUCAGGAGACCCGUCUGUGAAACUCCUGAAGUAUGCAGACGACAUGAGCAUCACUGGGCUCCUCCAGCACGGUGAUGAGUCUGGAUGCAGACAGGAGCUGAGCAACUGGUCCAGUGGUGCAGUCAGAACCAGCUGGAGCUCAACACGCUCAAGACUGUGGAGAUGACCACUGUCCACUAGGGUCCGCAAUCUCUGAAGUGGGCCCCCACAUACAGAAAACACUGUCCACAAAUAGCCCAGCGGAGGUUGCACUUGCUCAGGAAAUCCCACCUGCAGCAGCUGCUGACCAUCUUCUACACGGCCAUCGUUCAGUCUGUCCUCUGCACCUCCAUCACUGUGUGGUUUGGUUCCGUCACCAAGCAGGACAGACACAGACUGCAGCGGGUGGUCCGGUCAGCAGAGAAGAUCAGUGGGACUGAGCUUCCAUCCAUUGAGCACCUGUACCGGUCCAGACUCAGGAAACGGGCUGUCAGCAUCACUGACCCCACACACCUGCACACAAACUGUUUAAGCUCCCUCUGGCAGGCGUCACAGAGCCAUAGCCACCAGAACCCCCAGAACCAGCAGAACCAAUAGAACCAAUAGAACCAGUAUAACCACCAGAACCCCCAGAACCUCCAAAACCAUCAGAACCCCCAGAACCACCAGAACCAGCAGAACCUGCACCAUGUCUCACAGACAUAAACAUAAUGUGACACAGCGGGCUGCAGUGUAUUUGUUUAUUUGUUAAGUUUUUGUAAAUAACUAUAAUUAAAAAUGUAGGUAAUUAGUUUUUUUGCCACAAAAGGGGACAAAGACAAAUUCAUAAUUCCUUGGUUGUCCAGUGCAAACUUGGCCAUUAAAGCUGAUUCUGAUUCUGA